AUGGAUAACCUUUUUCAUUCGCCGCCAAGUUACAAGAAUCGACGCAGCAACGAUCGAUCCGCUUACGACUCCAUCACUAGCGAGCAACACCAUGCACUAGGUGUGCCCAAGAAACGAAACCUCUGUGAUCCGUCAGAGGUCGCAGCACUCCUUCUGAGCAUCUGCUGUAGCAUCACAGGUCUCAUAUGUUGCUUCCACCGUGCAACCGCCGCGAACGUUGGACAGAAGUACCAACUGAUAAUCGUCGGGUUGAUGUUGUCUAUCAUGGACCUCUGCACAAGCAAGCUCUCGACCACUGUGUUUCUCCAGCUCGAGACACGAUGGGCUAGUCUCUUGCAAAAUUACGAUGUCAUUGUCAAGAGGAGUGUUUUGGGUAGUCUACUCAACAUGCGUCGAGGGUCGCAGCGGUGGACACUUCUCUUGUCUGCCUCGCUUGUCUUCCCGCUCCUUCUCAGUGUCGGCUAUAAAACAUUCGUCGGGGGAACAAUCACAAAUCAAGUAUUUGCGAGUGGUGGCGAAUAUGGACUCACUGGUCCCGUUGGCCUCGCCAGGUUUUCUGCUGGCUCUUCUCUCAUGGUAAACGCGACUAUCCCAUUGAUGUUCAACAAUAUAACCAAACUUCCUUCUCGCCCCCAGCCUUUCGGCUUCAACAUGCUGGUGCUUCCCAACAAGUCCAUCACAGUUGUCAUGUUGGACGGACCAAGCCCAUCGUAUGUCAAUACGAUACGGUCCGAGCUUGAGGGCCAACAGUAUUACAUAGUGGCGGCCGAUGUCAAUGGGUUAGCAUGGCAUCUUGACAAUGAAGUUGACCAACAUCGCGACGAUCAAGAGUGGUGGGAUAAGCUUUACAAAGCAAGUGACGAUGACUCUAUAAACCAAAUAUCACUUUACAAGUGGAAGAAAUGGUUAUCAACACUGUGGCCUCAGGGGCAAGUCAAGCAAUUCUUUAUCCUUCUCACCCCUCAUGAGUCAAACCGCAAGGUCAAACCUUCAAAGGACCGAUUUCGAAAGGAGGCCUUGUAUUUCACAAGACAGCAACUGCACUGCAGUGGAAAAUGGAAAAUCACACGAAGCUCCGUUGACUUGAUUGAUGGUAGUUGCGAUGGCGGUAGCUUCGAUAAAGAAUUCCCUGAUGGAUGUCGGACACUUCACCUCAACGACGCUUCGUUCAUACUGGCCGAUUUUGUCGGCGACUUGCUAACAGAUAAACUUGACGAAGCAUCCCAGAUACAAUUUACGGCUGCAAUUUCGUCUAUGCUUUGGUCUCGACUGACAGCCUACUGUGGCAUUGGAGCUCCAACAAAUCACUUAUCGUCGAAAGACAUGGAAAUGUUCAAGUACCAUAAGCAAGACGAAGCUUGGAAGACGGUUGGUGUUUUAAAGCGUACUCCUCUCUUGGCACUAGUGCUUCUCGCUCAACCCAUUGUUGGCCUGGUUCUAUUAAUUGUUCGCAUCGUGUAUUGUUCGGCACCUGUCUCUGGUGGCUUUGGUCUCAUUAGUGUUUUGGCCGGCCAUGGGCCGAGGAAAGGCAAUCUUUUGACCGGCGCAGGACUAUCCGGGGAAGUCAAUGAAGGCAUUCAGGUUGACUUCAAUAUCAAUGGAGAAAUAUUUGAAGAUAGCGGCGAGAGGGUGCAGUUUGAGCUAAGGAGAGCUAGGCACUCUAUGCCCCAAGGUCGGAAGAAGCUUAAGUCUAGAGUCAAGUAUCACUGA